GUUUAUAUCGGAAAACUUUGCGCAGUCGCAAGCACACGUGUACAUACACGUAUCCAUAUAGUAUAAAAAUGUAUAACACGUGGAAGCAGUUUAUACAUUUCUUGCUUUGAUAUAAUUAAUCGUUUUACAGUAGUAAUCGAAAGCUGAAGAACCAUUUUAUUUUUCAUACGGUCAACAGAUUUAAAAAAAUUGUAUAAAAUAUACAUAAAAUGUGUGGAAUUUGGGCUCUCUUUGGAUUAGAUACGCAACCUUCAACUCAUAUUUAUCAAAACUUUGGAAAAAUAACACACCGUGGUCCAGAAGCUUUUAGGCUUGAAUUCGAUAGCAGAGUUAAAAAUGGCUAUCUUGGAUUUCACAGAUUAGCAAUUGUUGACAGUCUUUGUGGAAUGCAACCAAUGAGACUUUAUGAAUAUCCACAUUUAUUUCUAUUAUGUAAUGGAGAAAUUUAUAAUCAUAAAGAGAUCAGUCAAGAUCAUGGAUACAAACGUGUUACUAAAUGCGAUGUUGAGGUGAUAUUACAUUUAUAUGCAGAUGGUGGUGUUGAAAAUGUUGCUAAAAUGUUGGAUGGUGUUUUUGCAUUUUGUUUAAUGGAUAUUAAGACUAGAAGAAUUCUUAUUGCCAGAGAUCCUUAUGGUGUUAGACCAAUUUUCAGAUUUUACUCUAAAAAUGGACAACUUGCAGUUUGUUCUGAGAGCAAGGGACUUAUGGGAAUAACAAAACAAAUUACGUCUGAAUCAGUAUUGGAACCAUUUCCGCCAGGUUAUUACGAGGAAUACGAAAUCUUAGAUGAUGGUCGAACGAAAUUAUUAUCAAAAGUUAAUUAUCAUAAACCUGAUGAUAAGCCUAGCUUUAAAGUUUAUGUUCCUUGGAAUGCUUUAAGUAAUUUAGAUGUACAUGGAAACAUUAGAAAAUUACUUUCAGCUGCUAUAAAAAAAAGACUGAUGACCGAUAGAGAAAUAGGUUGUCUAUUAUCGGGUGGUCUUGAUUCAAGUUUAAUCGCUGCUUUACUUGCCAAACAUGCAAAAGAAGUAAAUUUGCCAUACAAAAUAAAAAGUUUUGCAAUUGGUAUGGGUGACAGUCCAGAUAUAAUUGCAGCUAGACAGGUUGCAGAUUAUAUAGGGACAGAACACCAUGAAGUAAUCUUUUCUGAAAAGGAUGUAAUUGAAAUUUUAGAUAAACUCAUUUAUCAGUUGGAAACAUUCGACAUCACUACGAUUCGAGCUUCUAUUGGCAUGUAUCUCGUCUCAAGAUACAUUAAACAUAAUACGAAAACAACUGUAAUAUUCAGUGGAGAAGGUGCAGAUGAACUGGCACAAGGAUAUAUAUAUUUCAGAGAUGCACCUAAUGCAAUAGAAGCUCAUAAUGAAUCUAUUCGAUUAUUAAAAGAUAUAUAUUUAUAUGAUGGCUUAAGAGCAGAUAGAACUACUAGUGCAUUUAGUUUAGAACUUCGCGUUCCAUUCUUAGACCUUCAAUUUACGAAUUAUUACUUAUCAUUAGAUGUUGCUUCUAGACAGCCUCAAGGAGGAAUUGAGAAAUAUUUAUUACGAUCUGCAUUUGAGGGAACAAAUCUAUUACCAUCAAACAUAUUAUGGAGACAUAAAGAAGCAUUUAGUGAUGGUGUGACAUCAAUUAAAAAGUCUCUUUUUCAAAUUAUACACGAUGUUGUAGAUGUUCGUGUAUCGGAUGACGAUUUAGAAAAGGCUUAUUUAAAAUAUCCUCAUUGUACUCCAAAGACCAAAGAGGCAUUUUAUUACAGAAAAGUGUUUGAAAAACAUUACGAAGGACGUGCAAAACAUUUUGUACCAUACUUUUGGAUGCCGCGUUGGGUAACGGGAGUUUCUGAUCCAUCUGCAAGAUUUAUUGCUCAUUAUGCAGCAGAUAAAAAAAAUAACUGUAUAAAAAACGAUAAAGACUAAAUAUGCAGCAAUAAAUUGAUAUUGAAUAUAUAUUUGUAA